AUUAUUACCUCCAAUGCACCAUGAAAACAGCUUUACAGGGGACUAAGGAAACACAAUUGGAAAAAGAUAAACAAGAAAAUUGAAUAACAAUAUCCUGCAGAUAGGUCUGUUUUAAUGCUUUUAUGGAAGCUGGAGAUCAUGCAGUGCCCCCUGCUGGUGUGGAGGCCCACGGUGCAGCAACAGGACACUGUGUGUGCGAGAAGCAGGAGACUGUGAGCGUGAGUGAGCCUUGUGCAUCUAUUGGGCUUCCUGUCAAUCAGAAAAGAAAGAAGAAGAGAAAAAGAAAGAAGAACAAAGGGGUGGUCAAUGCCCAGGACCAGGUGGGGAACCCAGAGAUCAGUGAGCUGUCUCCGGGGGGAGGAAUAACACGGACGGACGAUAAUGGGAACCCAGCAGUAAGGGAGGCAUCUACUCCAGUUGGGGACACUGUGCAGCAAGACCCGGCUCCAGGAAGUGAGCAGCCGCAAGCAAAUAAAAGACACAAUAAAAGAAAUAAGAAACAGAAAGCGACAGUGGAUUGUCAAGACAAGAGUCUGAAAAACCAGAGAGAGGAGGGGAGGGGGCAGAGACAAGCAGGGAGCGGCCAGGCACAGGUUGGGAAGAGCAAGGCAACACAGACAGAAACUGUGCAAGAACAGGAUGGGAACAAGCAGUCUAAGCACCAAGAAACGCAGACUGACAGCAACCAAACACAGUCUACGGAAACACAGACCGAAAGCACACCAGAGCAGGGAGAGAGCCAGCCAACACAGCAAGGAAACCAGACAGGACCAUCGGGGGACAAGCAGGAACAAGAAGAGAAGGCGCAACCAGACACUGAGAAUAAACAAGAACCGAGUCAGGCACAAGCAUUCGAUCAAACACGGCAGAAGAGGGCCACGCAGCAAAACAGGGAAGAACCUAAAGCUGGAGAAGUUCUGGAUUUAAAGAAAGACGGUGCUGUGGAAAACCAAAAUGAGGGGAAUUUAAACAAGGGGGGAAAAGCAAAGACAACAGCAGAACAAACGGCUGCCUCCCCGGCAAGAACUCCAAGUGAAAAACCAAUGUUCACCAUUUAUGUUUAUCUUGUCCUUGAUAAAGGGUUUAAAUUUAGGAGAGGACAGGACAAACUGUUGUUGCUGUUUCUAGACAAAGAGAUUGCUCUUCAGAUAAAUGUCUUCAGGGAUCUGAGUCAACAAAAAUCAGGCUGUCUCAUUGAAGGACAGAUCUCUGUUGAUGUUAGUGAAUUCAGAGGGAGGUUAAUUUAUUAUAACUAUGCAGUACAAAAGAGAUCUGAUCCAAUUCCAGAGAUUUCUACAAGAAUAAUUGAAAUACCUUAUGACCGUCAAAUAAAUGAACUGCACCGGUAUGAGGGUCACGUACAUUGUCGGGAAUCCUGGAGCUUUCGGGGAUGGUUUUCCGGCAUCUUUACUUCAAAAGAGGAAGGGAUCUGGACAGCGCGGCAAGCUGCUGGCAAGGUCCUGCUGGGCCAGGUCUUUCAAAAACUGGUUCCACUAACCACAGAGACCAAGAGCCAGUUCUUCCAGCACCUAUCUCAUUUCUGUAACUGUUUUAAUUUUCCCGAGUACUACCCAGAAAUGCAGCCAAUGCAAUUUGGAGCAGCACAUGUGUCUGCGUUGAUUCUAGAGCAGGUUUUCCUGUUCUUGGAGCCCUACACUCAAACUGGCUCUCGGAAGCGCCGCCGCGGGAGCCCCGCUGUGGGGAGGAACCCCCUUGCAGCAGGGCUGUUGGCUUUUCAGGUUGUGAACUGCCAGAGGCUUCAGCUGAGUCUGAAAGAAUGGGCUGUGUUGUGUCAGCUGAUGCAACUGCCCACCAGCCCUUCUGAGGAGCUCAAAAAGAACCUGGAGGAAGUGAAGAUCCUGUUCGAUGAUGUUAGGUUCACGGUGAUUGGAUUGAUUAACUGCUGUGCCCAGAAUGGAGUGGUGGAGCUGGCACUGGUGGUCCCCCUCCUACACCAGCUCAGCAAGUCCAGCGAGGGGAGUGGCACAACGGACUCAGGCAGGACAACCCCAGAGAGAAGCCGGGCAGCACUGGAGGGGGUUCAUUACUUGCAAUUCAGAGAAAAAAUAAGAACACUUUCAGAUAAAAGAAGAAUGCUGCUUGACCUGAUGGAUCAGCACAAAACCUUGAUGGAUUCAGACCCCCUGCUGGUGCACAGCUGGCUCGCCCUGGUCCCCACAGAGGACAUUCCGAUAUAUUCCAAGCUGAUGGGUAUUGUUCUAGAACACAUUUUCCAGAAUGUGCUGUACAGACUGAAGGAAUGCCAAGGCAGAGGGAACAAUAAUCAAGUAGAGAAAGACCUCCAAGCAAUCAAUGAAAACAUCAGUUUCAUCACUCUCAGAAUUGAGGAAGAUAAAGAACGGUUAAUGUCGUCUGGUGUUCUGAAUUCACUCUUCAGCCAGUGCAUCAGUAUCCACAAGUCGGUCUGCAGUAUGGCCAGACUGGUCCAGCUCUAUAAGGGGCCUCUGAUGUCCUUUCAGCUUGCCCUGAAGACUGCUGAGGCACUGCACUUCUCCAUUGGGAAGGAACCUCCAGCGGGCGCCGAGAAGGAAAGCAAGCUGUUUGAAACCCUGGAAGAAACGCAGAAUCACUUUCGGCAGUGGAGAGACGCUCUUCUGCAGCGCCCUCUGCUGGUAACAGAGCAAGACGUGAGGUUCACUUACAACAAGGAACUGGAGCUGUGGGACAGCUUGCUGGGUGUAGAGUGUGCUGUGGAGGGCCUCACUGCCAAGUGGAGGUCCAGUGUGGAGAGGGACCUGUCAAAAAGAUUUGCCCAGGAAACCCCUUGGAAUCAGAUUCUCAUUUUCUGCUUAAAUCAGCCUGAUCUAGCCAAGGCCAGCCAAGCUGUGCACAGCUGCUUCGUGGAGCUCCAGCAGCAAGCCAUCACUGACAUCUGCCAAAAUAAAAAGGAAUGGAAGUUACUGGAGAAGAUCUCUCCCUGCUCUAAGAGUGUCCCAUCACCGAUCCUGUCUGCUAUAAUCCUGGAGUCCAGACAGAGGGCUGUGAGGGAUGGGGACGACUUGGUGGGCUGGCUCCUCAGACCUCACACUGCCCUGAACUACCUGCUGUCUCAAAAAGACCUGCAGAGUGUGGAGGUCUCGGACAAGGCGAGAGAGGCGCUGACAGAGGGGCAGACUGUGCUGGCAUCGCUGGCAGAGGGGCUCCUCCAGGGAACCAUCUCGGUGACACACCUCAACCUCACCCUCGAGCACCGAGACACGUUCAUCAAGCUGUAUCGACAACAACAAAAGCAAUCCAAAGCCGUUUGUUUCCAGGCUGAUGUUGAGAAGAUGCUGCUCCACAGAGAGUGGGAGCUGAAGUCCUUUAAACAGGAGAAAGAGCACAUUGGCAUGCUGAUAAAGAUGAUUAAAAAGAUCACGGAGUCAGUCACAGUGACUGAGCUGUCUUCACUGGAGCAGCAGCACAGGGCUGAGCACCUCUCUAAGAGGCUGAAUGAGCUGGUGGAGGUACAUCCCUGGAGCAGCUCUGCCCAGGAGCCCAGCGCCGAGCCUCCGGCUGUGCUGUGUUACCAUGUGAGCUGGGAGGUGAGGGGAAUGGCACAGGAGAUGCACCGUCUUCAGCAGAGCACCCUGCUGCUGAAUGGCUGGAUGAAAAGGGCUAAUCAUUUGGCUACCCUGGAGACCAGACCCUGGGUGAUAAACCUGGUACACGUCCUCCUUGAGAUCUGGAGACCCUGUCUGGAUGAGUAUCGGAAUCUCAGCAAGAAGAUUGCAAACGGUUCUGUGAAGUUCCAGGAGGUCGAUGAGGUUCUGGGAAUCCUCGGGGGCCGGGAGGCUGGGGUGAAGAUGAUUGAGCGGGAGUUGGGAGUUAUGACAGUGGUGCUGGAGAAGGAGUCUUACAGACAGGGCUGGACCAGGGAAAGGCAGGAUAAGAUCCAGCAGUAUUGCAAACUCCACCACGCCAUAGACUCCGCCAGCGCCAUGCUGAGGAUCGCCCGGAAACUGCAGCUGACGGGAAACUUCGUAGAAAUACAGCAAUUAACACAGCUGAGGGAAGACUCGUUUAAGCAGAGCCCUCUGAGCUCCCUCAGAAAAGAGCUCAUUGCAGCCAAUGAUCAGCUGGAUGGGGUCACUGCAGAGGAGAUUGCCUGUCUGGAGGAGUUUCUGGGGUGCCAGGAAAUAGUGAGCUGGGUCAAGGACAACCUCAAGAAUAUGAGCGAUGUGAAGGUGUUUGUGGAUCUGGCCUCCAUCUCCGCGGGGGAGAAUGACACUGAGAUUGACAGCGUGGCCUGUUUCCAUGACGCUGUAAUGGGGUACUCCCCCUUCCUGUACAGCCUUUCCCCUGAGGCUGACUUCCAGGUCCUCAUGAAAUGCUCACAGGAAGUCUGGAAGGCUCGGGACAGAGACCCCAAACUUUCUGAGAAACUGAGGGACUCAAAUCGCUGCCUGGAUUGGUUGAAGGGUCUCAGAGAGACUCACGGCUCUGUCGAGCAGUCCUCCUUAUCACUGGCAGCGGCCAUCAAUUCCCAGGGAUUGUACAGAGUGGGGGAGACUCACUUUCAACAAGGAAAGCGGUCCCUGCAGAGCCUGUUGCGGUUGACUGUGAGGAAUGAGGGAGCUGAGAAAAGGCACGGAUUAGAGGAACUGCUGGAACUCCAGAACAAACUCAUGCUGAUGUCAUCGAAGGGAGAGCAUGGAAAGGAGCAGGUCAACAGGUUCAUGCAGGUCUUUGAUGGCGUUCAGAGGCUGGGUCGGAUCCUCCUCGACCUGCAUGUAUCUGGUAACAUGUUCUUCCGCAAGUGGGAGGCCUUCAUUCACUGCAGUCCCGACAGCACACCCUGCAUCACAGUGAACUUCAACCUGCAGGGCGUGGGUGCAGUAAGAUUCUUUGGGGAGGUCACUGAGCAGCUGCAGGCUCUGUGUAGGUCAAUGGAGUUCUGCCAUAACGAUUGGUGCUGCUUUGUUAAUGAGGCCCGCUCUACGUUCUACCCCCUGAACUACUAUACUGCUGAGCAGAUCGUGUACCUGUGCGGCCAGCUGCGGGAACGCCCCUCUGUAGGACUACCCCAGCAGGUUUUAGCCAUGCUGUCUUUCGUGAAGCCUGGGUGCACCUUGAAGGAAGUUUACGAGACUUGGACUCAAGAAGUUCCUUCAAGAGAACUGCUAACCGCAGGGGUGGACUCGGAUGAAGAGUCAAUACAGCUUAACAACACUGACGGAGAAAGCAGUGACUUUGAGCUUCAAGAUGCAGAUGAAGAACAUAGAGAAAGCUCUCCAAGAAUUGGAAUAGCUUACGACAUAGAGUCAGAAGGAGAAGAAGAGAACAUCUCAGUUCACAGUAAUGAAGGAAGCGAGGAUUUAAUUUCCCUGGAAGACUCAGAUGCCCUUGUAGAUGAUAUUGAAGAAGAGAAGAAGGGAUUGAUUUCACCAGAACUCCUUUUGGACACAGAUGAGGAGGACCAUGGAAAACCAGGGGUUGCCAGAGGUUCCUCCCAGGAAAUGUCCCCUGACCAAGACUCUGAUACCGAAGGGCAAUCGGUGGACAUGGCAGAUCUGUGGAGACUCUUUAGAGAGGAUAUGACCACCUACCUGGAUGGGCAUUUGGACAUCAUCUCCCUCUCUAGGUUCCUGCAGUGUCUUUCAGAGAGCAACAGGAAGAAGGUAAACAGGACACUACAUCCAGUCCUAAAGGAAGGCAUUCCUAACCUUGUCCUCUGUCCAGGGGUUGAUGUUCUGAGCACAGCUCUCGGACUCUACAUGGAAAGCCCUGAUCAGCCCCUGCCUUCCUGUGACGAGGCCCUUCUGUGUGGCAAAGAUACAACCGGGGAGCAGGUUGAGAUCUUUCUGAGGAGGGCGCUGGGGUUGGCUGGGAGGGGUGGCAGAGGGAAAAUCUUCACGCUGAUCAGUCCCGGUCUCCUGCCCUACGAUGUGGGCGUCAUGCUGGGGGAGAAGUUUGAGGAUCUGGAGAAGAGCACGGAGCCCCAUUACCGCCUGGUUAUAGUCUGCUCCCUGAAACUCCAGCACAGAUACGUCCCCUCAUUCUUCAGUAACUACAAGGUGCAGGCUGGGCUCGCCGUUUCAACAGAGAAAGCCAGAAGCUACCUCCAGCGACACUUCACUGUCCCACCUCAGUCCCAUCUCGAUCAUACCAAUGUCUUUCCAGGCUGCCAGUCUGUUUGGGUACUGUCAUCCACUCGACCAGCUGUAGGAAAGUCACUGUAUGUUGACAGGCUGUUUGAAAAGCUCCAGCAGUUUGCCCACCGGGGGCGCCUGGUCCGUAUCCGACUGACAGACCCUCGAAUCGAGGAGGACUCCUUCCUGCAGACGCUGUUCAAGAGCCUGGUUGGGCUGGAGCAGCGAGACCCUGUCAUCCUGCACAUCGAUGCAGCCGCUGUCCGAACAGGCCUGGAGGAGUUCCUGUUCAGGCUGCUGGUUCUGGGUUGCCUGGCGAACAGCGAGGGGAAGCUGUGGAGACGCAACCCAGCCCAGCUGUUAGUGAUGGAGCUGCUGAUUCCCCGAGCAGAGCAGAACUGGACUCAGCAAGAGCAGCCAAAACAGGGGCUGCUGAACAUCCUUCCUACAAUCCACUGCAGGCCACCUGAGGAGGUCAGACAGUUGGAGCUGGAAAGAAAAGGGGCUCACAUGAACAUUCUGCAUCCACUGAUGGACAGGAAAGAGUUUGCUAGUGAAGGCGUGCAAAGGCCCUAUCAGUACCUGAAGAGAUACAACCAGAAAGAAAGCAUAGAUACGUUUAGAUACCAGGAAGGGUCAAAGGAAGGGAACCCUGCAGAGUGCCUCUUUUAUCUUCUGACAUACUGCGGAAUCAAAGAUCCCUCUUGGGCUGAGCUGCGCAACUUCACCUGGUUCCUCAACCUGCAGUUGAAAGACUGCGAAGGUUCCUUGUUUUGUGACACAAGCUUCGUAGGGCAGCACCUUUUGGGAUUUAAGCGCUUCAUCGUAGGGUUCAUGAUUGUGAUGGCUCGGGAUUUCGCCACACCUUCCAUGGAAGUCUCGGAUCAGAGCACCACUUUGAGCGAAAAGGAGGAUGACGGAUUGAUCCAUCUGACCAUUCGAAAGCGAUGGGAGAGUGAGCCGCACCCUUACAUCUUUUUUAAUGCAGACCAUCUCUCCAUGUCCUUCCUGGGCUUCCACCUAAAGAUGAAUCACUCUGGGACCUGCGAUGCUGUGGACCCUCACAGUGGGAAGGUCCUAAUGGGGGAUGUAAUGUCAGUACAACUCCUUAAGGGGCUCGAGAGACAAGGAAUCAGUUUCAGUGAAGACUUUGACUCCUUACCAAGAGAGAAGAAGAUCCAAAAGCUCUCUAGGGUACUAGGGGAUUCUGGAGAUCAGGACAUGGGUGGAGGCUUCGGUGGAACAUUUGACCCAGACAGCACUUAUGAAUUAACCGCAGACAAUGUGAUGAAGAUGCUGGCCAUCCACAUGCGAUUCCGCUGCGAGAUUCCAGUAAUCAUCAUGGGAGAGACGGGCUGCGGGAAGACCAGACUGGUCCGGUUUCUCUGUGACCUACAGAGGGGCAAUAAGGAAGCCAAAAACAUGAUGCUGGUCAAGGUCCACGGGGGAACCACUGCGGAGAUGAUAUACAAGAAGGUGAAGGAGGCUGAGGAACUGGCUGAGAACAACAGGAGGCACCACCGUCUGGACACUAUUUUGUUCUUUGAUGAAGCCAACACCACAGAAUCCAUCUUCGCCAUUAAGGAGGUCUUGUGCGACAGGACAGUGCGAGGCCAGCCUCUGAAGGCAAACACAGGAUUGAAGAUCAUAGCCGCCUGCAAUCCUUACCGGAAGCAUUCACGUGAGAUGAUUAGACAACUGGAGCUGGCGGGACUGGGGUACAGAGUGAAGGCAGGGGAUACAGGGGACAGGCUUGGCAAGGUGCCCCUAAGACAGUUAGUUUACAGGGUGCAGCCUCUACCUCCCAGCAUGGUCCCAUUGAUUUGGGAUUUUGGACAGCUGAGCAAUUCAGCUGAACUCUCCUACACCAAGCAGAUUGUUCAGAGACAGGUCAUGGAGCACAGGCUGCCCAGAAAUUGUGCAGAUACUGUGUCCAGCGUGUUGGCAGGCUCUCAGCAAUUCAUGCGCAGUCGCAAAAACGAAUGCAGCUUCGUAAGUCUGCGGGACGUGGAGAGGUCUAUGAGGGUGCUGGUCUGGUUCUACAACCACAGAGUUAUGGUUUUUCCCAAAUCUGUUGUGGAAGAGGAUGUGGCUUUCAAGUGCCUGGCUCUGGCAGUGGGGGUGUGCUACUACCCAUCUCUGGUUUCCAAAAUGGAAUACUUGCAGUUCAUUUGUAGAUACUUCCCAAAACCCCUCAACUCAGCAGAGGCCAUCAAGGAAGUGAUCUCCACCUGCCAGGAUGUAUUCCUCCAGAACAUAAAGACACGGGAGACUGUGGCCAAAAACACAGCUCUGAAAGAGAAUGUGUUCCUAAUGGUGGUUUGUAUUGAACUGAGGAUCCCACUGUUCCUGGUCGGGAAGCCCGGUAGCUCCAAAUCUCUUGCCAAGACAGUGGUGGCUGAUGCCAUGCAGGGCCGAGCAUCCCACUGCCAGCUCUUCAAGCAGCUCAAGCAGGUGCACAUGGUGUCAUUCCAGUGCAGCCCUCACUCCAGCCCUGAAGGCAUAAUUGGUAUCUUCCGUCAGUGUGCACGCUUCCAACAGAGCAAGAGCAUGGAAGAGUAUGUCUCUGUGGUGGUGCUUGAUGAGAUCGGGCUGGCUGAGGAUUCACCCCAGAUGCCCCUAAAGACACUGCACCCCCUGUUGGAGGACGGAUGCAUCGACAAUGACAGUCCAGACCCUCACAUGAAGGUCGGCUUUGUAGGUAUCUCCAAUUGGGCCCUUGACCCUGCAAAAAUGAACAGGGGUAUAUUUGUGUCACGGUGGGACCCCAGUGAGAAGGAGCUCAUAAAGACAGCCAAAGGAAUCUGCUCUUCAGACCAGACAGUCCAAAUGAAGAUCAAACACCUCUUCCCAACCCUGGCCAAGGCUUUCCUUGGAAUCUGUCGUGCAGAGCAAACAGGCCAAUUCUUUGGCCUGCGGGAUUACUACAGCCUUGUCAAGAUGAUAUUUGCAUCCGCCAGGGAGUCCCAGGCAGAGCCGAGUGAGGACCAGUUAGCAGAGGCCAUCCUGCGGAAUUUCAGUGGAGGAAGGGAGGGAUUUGACCCCCUGCAGUCAUUUAAUGAACUCUUUCAGUCCCCUGAGGCUGUGACCCGACCAGGAACACUGAGCAUGGUGGAGAGGAACUUGGACCAGAACAAACAGGAGGCGAGCCGCUACCUGCUGCUCCUCACCACCAACAAUGCUGCCCUGCACAUCCUGCAGCAGAGGGUUUUCGGGAGCAGGAAGCACCAGGCUCCGGAGAUUGUUUUCGGGUCUGGGUUUCCCAGGGACCAGGAAUAUGCUCAGGUCUGCCGCAACGUCAACCGGGUUAAGACAUGCAUGGAGACUGGUCGGACUGUGGUGUUGCUGAAUCUCCAGAAUCUCUAUGAGAGCCUCUAUGAUGCUCUGAACCAGUAUUACGUGUACCUGGGCGGGCAGCAGUAUGUGGACUUGGGUCUGGGCACUCACAGAGUCAAGUGCAGAGUCCACCAAGGCUUUAGACUGGUGGUUGUGGAGGAUCAGAACAAGGUUUACACCCAGUUCCCAGUGCCCCUUAUUAACCGUCUUGAGAAGCACCAUCUGGACAUGAGUGCGGUUCUCACCCCCCAGCAGCAAAGGAUGCUGCAGAGGCUAACAAAGUGGGUACAGGAGUUCACUCAGGUAGCCAAAGGAGAUAAUGCAAAAUUUGGACCCACAGAUGCCUUCAUCGGUUUCCACGCAGACGCCUGCGCUAGUGCUCUGUUGCAGGCCGCUUCCUUCGUAGGUCAAGGUUGGAGAAAGGUCAGAGUGGCUGAGAAUCAGGGUAAAGAAGGAAAGGGUCAUUUGGAAGAAAUGGAAAUGAGAGAGGAAGACGUUCAAAUGGAGGAUGUAGAGGAAAGAGGUCAGUUGGAGGGCUCAGAGAGUGAAGCACAGUUAAUGGUUACAGAGGACCAAGGUCAGGUAGGUGACACAGAGGGUAAUGAUUAUCCAGGUGAAACACAGGCCGAUCACAUGGAGGAGGGAGAGGAAGAAGUUCAAAAGGAGAAUGCAGAGGGUGAAGGGCAGCUGAAGGAAGGAAACAGAAGAGAUGGAGAGGAUUCCCAGGACGGUCAGGAGGAAGAGGAGGUCCUGGGACUUGCCAAGAGUCUCCUGUUACACUGUGCCACUCCAGAUGCAGUGCUGCGGCUCAAACACUCAGAUCUGGGAGUGCAGGAGAGCAAGGAGCUCCGGAUAGAGUACUUCCAUCAACAGCACCAUUCCUCACUCCGAGACUACCUGGAGCAUCACCUGAGUGGGACUGAGACACAGUACUGCAGAUUUAUAGAGGUCACCACCUUCUCCAGUCUGCUGACCCAGUCUGAUAUCAGAGCGCUGGCACAGUCCCUGGGUAUGGAAACCUCCAAGCUCCUCCUGCUUUCUCUACACCAGUUCGACACAGAGUUCUCCUUCUGCACUAAGAUCAGGAGUUUCCUGCGCUUAGAGGACUGCGCCCUGCAAGUGCUGCUGGUUCAGACAGACACAGAGGAAUCCCUUCACAGUGAGGAGCUCAUCGCCUCCGCAAAGUACUGUGCUAUGAAUGAGAUGAGCUCACUGGAGCCUGGCCUAUCCCAGUCCUAUGUAUUCUUCAUCACUAAGCUGCCGAGGAUCACAGGGGGGACUCAGUACGCUGGCUUCCAAGGAGGUGCGUGGCUGUCGGCCCAUAUUGAUGACCUGAGAGACUCUGUUGAGAUGAGUUCUGACCUCUCUGCCUUCUGUGACGUCUCGAUCAGCCAGUUAUUCACCCGAGCCAUGGAGGGGCCACACUCAGAAGCCAACAGUGCCCCAGGAGAACAGAUGGUUGAAUGUAAAAGGGGAGGGUGCCCGGAGCUGGACUGCAUCUCUCUGCUGAGGUCCUGCAUUCAGAGUGCCGUGGGGCUGCUGAGAGACUCCGGAGACAAGACCACUCGCAGCACUGAGCGCGUGCAGACACUGCUGAGGUUCAUGGGAGAGGAGGAGGGGACCCCUGAAGCGGAGUUUGUACAUCUCCUGAUGGGAAGGCUGUGUGCAGUGCUGGCUCACAGGGAGGAGCAUGCUGUCUCUCCGGGAGAGUGGGUAUGCAACGAGGCCAAGAAGCUACAGGCCCUGCAGGAGGGAGGCACUCUCAGACACACACUGUGGCGCUGCCUGCAGGCCGUGGUCACUCCGGUUCUGGCCCGGAUGGUGGAGGUUCUGGAUCGUGACGGGAACCUCAAUCUGUUCCACAGCCCCCAGCUCGGCAUGGGCUUCACACAGCUGUGGCUGGACAUCUUCAGGGACCCCCAGAUUCUGGAGCUGCCCUACCACCAGCCCUCGGGCCAAGCAGACCUGGAGAUCCCUGUGCAGAACUCCCUGUUUGUGGGACAAAAAGAGGUACCCAGUGCUGCCCCCUUCAGUUGGCUCAUCAGACUGCACAGCCAGAACUUGUGGGAGGAGUCGCAGUUUGUGCCAGGAGCAGAGGAGGGUGAGAAGAGGAGGCUCCUGCAGUUUGUGGGUCGCUUCUCGUGCAGCAGGCUGGGCGGCUACAUCAGGAAGCUGGGGAGGGAGGAACUGAAGGAGUUUGGGCAGCGAUACCUGAGAGAUUUCCUGCUCCUGACCUGGAAAAUCUCCUCCGGGGAUGAGCUGGAGCUGUUCACAGCGGUGGUCCAUUCCUUUGUCUUGGAGCUCCAGCAGGACCUCAGUGUUGAGUCUCCUGACCUCUCUCCUGCCUGGAUCCUGGCAGCGGUCACUUACUACCGGCCACGGCUGACCAACCUCUCCCGCAUCCUUCACCUCCAUCCCGAGCUUCUGAGAAUGGUGCUGAAGGGAACAGAGCCUACUGCACAUGAAGUGAACGCGGACGUGCUGGCUGUGGGGGGUGGUGUUGAAGUGAUUGAGAACUCUGCUAUUGAGAGCAUCCUGGACUGCCGGCGCUUCCUUCAGAAAGUGGAGCUGUUACACCCCUGUGUGGAGCAGACCUUCGGGCAGGAGUACAGAGCACUGUGCAGCAUGGGCUGCCAACGCCAGCUGGACACCAGCAGGUCCUGCUGGCACGGUGUCCUGGUAGUGGCUGCCUUCAUCGAGCAGGUGGUGUUGAGUGUGGCCAAGACAGACCCUCCCCUUGUGGAGCUUGCAGUAAAACAUUGUGCACUGCUGAACAGGUUUGUGCGCACCUCCCCUGACAUGAGGAGGAAGGAAGCUCUAGAGGGGGUGAUGAGAGUCCUCCACUCCUGCAAUGAGGAAUCAAGCCACCUCCACUUCAGAUUCGGUAUUAAGAAUUGUUCGGUGUGCCUCAAUCCUCUUCGACAGCCCACCAGCCUCCCUUGCGAGCACGUUUUCUGUCUCCCCUGCCUCAGCGAGUGCUUGUCCCAGGGCAGAGCUUACUGCCCCGAAUGCAAGACGAAUAUACCGCCUAACCACCAGCCUGCAGUCUCUCCCCAGCUGGAGGAGGGCCUACGUCAGCACGGGGAGAUUCGACAGCAAUGCAACUCCUUCUUCCUGGAGGUGGUGUCUCGAUUCUGUCUGUCAGAGGGCGAGACCCCCGGGGAGGGGGUGGUGGAGCUGCUCUUCUCACUCCUCAUCUCUGCUCAAGGUGAUGUUUUCCGGACCCGAGAGCUCACCCCUUUCCUGGAGUGUGUGGAUCGCAACCCAGUGAUCCGCUCUGUGCUGCCAAAACUACUGCUGCAUUACAGUUUGGACCAGGUGAAGACCCACAUGCAGCGCUACCUGCAGAACCUGGAGGAGAAUAUUCUGGACCGGGAGGAUAGAACAGAGCUCUACCUGCUGUUUGUCAACUGCUUCCAGGAUGCUCUGUCCGGCCCCGGUGAGGAGGGCUCGGAGCUCGGGCAGGAUCGGCUGCAGGACGGCGCUCGUUUCCUGAGCAGGGUUGCCCGCAGACAGACCCCCACGUGCCAGGAGGAUCCCGUCGAGUUCCUGCAGAGCGUGGCGCGGCUGCGAGUCUGCCUGGGCACUGCGGCCAGCUUACUGCACCAGGCCCUCUCCGGCACAGAGUGUGCCUCCUCCAGUCGAGGGGUGAGGGAGGGGUACCUGGAGCAGGUGAAGGCAGUGCUUGAGUACUCUGGGAAUGACUGGCACCGUAUCUACCUGCUGAGGGCCCUGACUAGGCAGUUUGGGAUGGACUGCCUCCUGGCCCUGCUGAAGAAGCAACACUGGGCAUUCCCUCCAAAGCUCAUUCAGAUCCAGAGUAAAGUCCCAACGCAGGUGGACCGCUUUCUAUGUGUUGGCUCUCGCUACAAAGACCUGCGAAACGCUGUAUUCAUGGCACUCCUUAACAAGCAGACAGAGCCCGUCGCGAAAGGCAUUCAGGACGGCUCCCCCAGUACCGCUUGUGUGCUCCUCACCCUUGCCCUGUUUCGUCAGGUCACCUGCCUGUUUGCACAGCAGGAUCCCGGGCAACACCCAGGACCACAGGAGACACAGCCGCUGCAGGAGUUUAUAAGAGGCAGCCCCAGAUUUUGCUCUAAAGAACAGAGAGAUUUUUGCUCCGCCCUGGUGGCCAAUCAGCUGGGAGGGGCGGGGUCGUCCUGUUGCAUGGUGCCGGAGCUGCCUACUCAGCGGCACACCCUGCUGGAGAUUAUCGUCCACGCAGGGGCAGUCUUUCUGUCCGGGAGCAGGCUGCUGUCUCCACUGCAGCAGAUAGCAACUCGACCUGAGACAAUGACGAACAUGUUCCUCCCCACCAUGCCUGAAGACAAGACCAGUGAGGCGCACCAGUGGGUUAAAGAGAAGGGCACCUGGUACUAUUGUGCCAAUGGCCAUGCGUGUAUCGUUGGAGAGUGUGGAAGACCUAUGAUCACAUCUCGAUGCGCAGACUGCGGGGCACCAGUAGGGGGCAUCCAGCACAACCCUGUUCCAGGUUUCACUAAAGCAAGCAGCAUGCUUGCGGAUCGGACCAGGACUGGUCACAUUUUAGGGGCAGCUCAGAGGGGCGCCAUCGUGGCUUGUGACAGGCAGAUGUCUCCCGCUGCUUUCUCCCUGCUGAGACUCUGCACCCACAUCGCCAUGCUGCUGGGAGCAUUCAGGAACAAGCGGGAGAUCUCUGCUAUGAUUUCUCCAGCCGUGGGGAACGUGGAGCAGUUCCUGUGGAGACACAUUGAAAAUGACAUGGAGGCACUUGGCAGGUCACUAGGGAGGAACAUGGACGAUACAGCCGUCUGCAUCCAUCUGGUCAUCCAUGCCUUCCUGAACAGCACCGCAGGCUCACAGCGCGGAGAAGGAGCGCUCUCCUCCAAGCGUGCCCGGCAGGACUGGGAGAAGCUGGUCUGCGAUACAGUCAUCACUCCAGCGUUACAGGAUCUGGAGAGGAGUCUCAGGCGAGCCCAGAAGGUGAUCAGCACUGAUGACCGGCUCAGUGGGAGCCCCCUGAUGAAGGUCCUGUACGGAGACCCCACGUCUAUCCUGGAUCUCCCCACCCAGGAGGCCACUGACCACUCAUCCUUCUGGAGCUGUCCUGAGAGAGUGACCAUCGAGCGCUUCACUCAGAUCCUGGAGCAGGACAAAGGACAGGAGGACAGCCCAGUGCUGUGGCUCUUUCUAAAGAAGGAGCGUGUUCUCCGGUUGCUGAAGCACCUCCCAGACCUGGCGGCGCUGCAGACAGACCUGCUGAGAACCUUUCCUGUCGGUACAGACAUGGGGUCACAGACGAUCGGCCAGCUCCUGCAGAAGCUGCCAGCAGGUUACCAGAAGGAGGUGCUGAGGAGGAGAGUGAAAGUCUUCAUGGAGCUCUGGAACCUGCUGAGGACUGAGGUGGCCAGCAGCCAUGGUACAGAGGACCCCCAGGGGCUGAGUGAAGCAGUCCUGACUGUGGAGAGCUCGUCUGCGUUCCUGUCCCUGCAGAGGAGAGGCCCAGGCUCCUGCUUGAGCACACUCAUCGAGUUCCUAACCGAGACCCACAACAGCCUGGUGAGAAAGGCCAACAACCAGGCCAAGGAAGAUGAUAGUGUGCCCCUGGAGGGGGUGACCGAGAGUCAGCUGACCCUGUGUGACCCGGAGCGGGAUCUCCUGCCUCUAAUCCUCGCCCACUGCCAGUACACCCUGGAGAAGGGCAAGGAGACAGUGAGCCACUACGACAUGCCAGCCAUUGAGAGCCACCUCAAGCGCCGCUACCUGCAGGGCAAGCCAGUGAUCAGCGCGGGCACGUCUAAAUACCUGAACAGACAGCAGCAGGACUUCUCACUGAUCCUAGCGGAGGUCAGAUCCAAGAUUGAACAGGAAGCCCUGAAGGGCUCUGACAGCGCUGCCGUGUCGACAGUGCUCCGCUCCUACAGUGAUGUGUGUGAUGCAGUGCGCAUCGUCGAGACUGGCCUGCGAUUCCUGGGCAAAACCGGCGGGGAGCCCAAGGGAGAGCUCCUGACCUACCUCAGGGACACUCUGAGGAUGGGCAAGCAGAUCUCCAGCGCUGUGGGCAAGGCUCUGAAUGAGUGCAGGCUGGAGCACAGCACAUCAGUCUGGCAGCUGCUCACCUCUUGGAAGUCGGAGCUUAUGCUGAGGAAAGGAAAGGACCCCUUUGAGAGGCUCCCCAUCCCGUACAGGGAGGGUCUAUCGGAGGUUGAGAAGAAGGAGCUGCGCGGGUUCCUGGCCGUCACCGAUAUCAACGCCUUCCGCUGGGAGCUCCAUGAGAUCCUGCUGCUGAAGACCAACAACUUCAUCUCUGAGGACAACUACCAUGCACACUGGGAUUUGAAGUCCACCCUGGAGAUUCACCUGGAAGAGAAAGGCUCCCUCACUCUCCCGGGGCUGGAGGGCCUGUCUGAUGCCAUCACCCUGAAGAAGGGGGCGGAAAGCUGGCGCCUGGCGGUGGAGUUCAGGAGGUGACUGACCCGGAGCACCGCACUGCCACCCUGUCUGGGAAGCAGCUCAGUCAGCAACAGCAGAUAAAGCGUCCCCAUGUACUUAUUUCUACCCAAAUUGUUUUUUUUUCUUGGUUUCAUUUAGUUUAGUUUAUUCACUUUGUGUCUGCAAGGCCAGCACAUGUACAUCUCAAUAGUGCAAGCACUAAUACAAAGAUAGACCUAAUGUUCUCCCCGUGUUCACGUGGGUUUCCUCCCACAGUCCAAUGACAUGCUGGUUAGGUGGACUGGGCUCUCUAAAUUGCCAUUUGUUGCCCUGCGAUGGACUGGCGUCCCGCCUUGCGCCCUGUGUCUGCCGGGUUAGGCUCUGGCUCACCGCGACCCUCUAGGAUUAAGCGGUUACAGAUAAUGGAUGGAUAUACAAGCUUGGAACUAUAUUUGGAAUUGGAUUGGUCAGGACUAGCCCUGUAGAUAAUAAUGAUCCUGAGUUAUAUUUCUAUUCUGGGCUGUUGGGAACUUGUUUGUAAAUUGCUGGGGGUUUCACAAUUUAUUUUAAAAAGUUAAAAAAAAAGUUUUCAAAUCAGUGAUGCUUUGGAUUUUUUUCUCCUAUUAUUUGCAAUGUUAAGCUAACAAUGUGAGCAAAGUGAAAUGUGGUUUUAAUAUUCAAUAGAAGCACAGUGUCGUGUGUUAGAAGACAGCAAGUCUUAUUUGUUUUCAGAGUUUUAUGGAGAAUGAAAAACAAACUGAAUUUGCUACGACAUGUUUUUUUUUAAAUACACAAAAUCAAUACAUUCCUUGGCUAAUAAUUGUAAUGAUAAAAUAAUCAAUGCACAAAUGUCA